AUGACAAACUCGACCGUCAUUCAGGAAGCUGCACAACUCAGCGUGGCUUCGAAGGUACCGUUGUUCACCAGUGUUGCAUCUCUUACCUGGACUCUGUACGAUUACGUAUGUACCUUGGAGGACGAAGUCCGAUACGUAUGGCCCAGUCGAUGGAAUAUCGGGAAGGUUUUGUUCUUCUGGAACCGUUACUACACGAUUUUACUCGUCGCCUUCGAUACCGCCCAGAUUCAUUCAUUCAGCAAGUUCCAACCCAGCCUAUUCGACUGUGUACUGGUUGACGUUUUGACGCGCGUCUUCGGCGUACUCGGUCUUUGGCCGAUCGAAAUCAUCAUGCAGCUUCGUAUCUACGCGCUCUUCAAUCGUUCCAAACGGAUCGCUAUGUUCAACGCCAUCCUCUUCAUAGCGUCAAUCGUAGCAUUCUGCGUGAUCCUCGCACACAACGUUGGCGAGCUAUCAGCUAAGAUCAGCUUUGCGAAAGCACUGCCUAUACCGAGUUGCCCGAUUGUACAUGUUCAGCUCGAAUGGGCUCAGUGGGUACCUCCUACGGCAUACGAGGGCGUGCUCUUCUCCUUUACGCUUUGGAGGGCUUACUCUGUUGUCGCUUCGAAGUUGCGCGAACCCGGAGGCCAUUCCGUCGGGAAACGGGCCGCUGCUACGCCAACCCUCCAUGCGUUGUUGGUCCAGGAUAAUCUGCUGUACUUUCUGGGUAUCUGCGGUCUUUUGAUCUUCAACAAUGUCAUGUCUACGAGCGCCUCUCGAGUCCCAUGGUUCAGUUUUGGUCCAUUCCACGCCGCUGGUGGCAUUAUGACUGCGCGUAUGCUGAUUCACCUUCGCAAGACCCUGGCGUUGCGCCAGCAGAAGACCUACAACGCUGCACUGGCGCAGCUGGAUAAGGCGCACCCUGCUCAGUUCUCGCAGGGUCUCGGAAGCCCCGCAGUAGGUACUGCUCGCGCACAUAGACGUGCGGACACCGAGUCGACCUUGGUAGAUGAUAGAGCUGCAGGGGAGAAGACUGAUGGCGUGGCGAUGUUCUUAGUGAAGCACCAUAAGUCCCUUUCUUGA